CUUAAACGACAUAAUCAUUACGUAGCAGGAAGUCAAAUCGACUGCGCAUAAUCGCUGAAACAGGAGCUUGUCGCCUUUUAUUCGGCUGCAUCAGAUAAACACGCGACUUACGCGGUGAAUUGUUAACCUUAGCUACGCGACAACCGCAACGACGAAAUAGUGUGAAAAUGUCUGCAAGGACCAUAGCAAAGUACGUGGAGGAAAAGGACCGUAGUCGUCGACGACUGGAAGCUCUUUGGCUGCAGCCUUACGUUGUGUUGCACAGAGCAGACAUCAGUGAAGCUAUUGCUAAGCAGCAGGAGCCAGAGCGCACUCGCAUUAAAGGGGACAAAGAGGUCCACCACUUCAAUGAACAAAUGGAGCAGAGGUUUCUUUGCUCUAUAAAAGAGGCCAAGUGGCCUUGUACUAAAGAGGAGGGAGAGGACUCCUGCGACAUUAAAAAGGAGGAGGAGGAGGAAGAUACCUGCAAGAUGCCAUUGACUGGUAUUCCUGUGAAGCGUUUAGAUGAGGGUCAACAUGAUGUGAGCAAAGGGGCAGAGCUUCCAAGCUGCAGCUCUAGUCAACAAAUGACCAGAGAAGGGGAUGGAGACCACUGUGGGGUGGAAAGAAAAAAGAAAAAGUUUUCCUGCUCAGAUUGUGGCCAAAAAUUUUCACAGAGGGGACAUCUAAGACGUCAUACAAGAAUCCACACCGGUGAGAAACCUUUUUCAUGCUCAGUUUGUGGCCAGAAAUUUUCCAGGAAGGGAAGCUUAGAAAGUCAUACAAUAAUCCACACUGGCGAGAAACCCUUUUCAUGCUCAGUUUGUGGCCAAAAAUUCUCUCAAAGGGGAACUCUAAAUAAGCACACAAGAAUCCACACUGGCGAGAAACCUUUUUCAUGUUCAGUUUGUGGCCAAAAAUUCUCUGACAAGGAACUCUUUAAAAAACAUACAAGAAUCCACACUGGUGAGAAACCUUUUUCAUGCUCUGUUUGUGGCCAAAAAUUUGGUCGUAAUGGAACUCUAACAAUCCAUACAAGAACCCACACUGGUGAGAAACCUUUUUCAUGCUCAGUUUGUGGCCAAAAAUUCUCUCAGAGGGGACAUUUAAAUACACACAGAAUAAUCCACACUGGCGAGAAACCUUUUUCAUGCUCAGUUUGUGGCCAAAGAUUUUCACUGAAGGAGCACUUAAAAACUCAUACAAGAAUCCACACUGGUGAGAAACCUUUUUCAUGCUCAGUUUGUGGCAAGAAAUUCUCUCACAGGGAAAGCUUAAUCGGGCACACAGGAGCCCACACUGGCGAGAAACCUUUUUCAUGCUUAGUUUGUGGCCAAAGAUUUUCAGUGAAGUCACACUUAAAAAGGCACACAAGAAUCCACACUGGUGAGAAACCUUUUUCAUGCUCAGUUUGUGGCAAAAAAUUCUCUGACAACGGAACCUUAAAAAGACAUACAAGAAUCCACACUGGGGAGAAACCUUUUUCAUGUUCAGUUUGUGGCCAAAAGUUUUCUCACAAGGUAUAUUUGAAAAAACAUACAAGAGUCCACACUGGUGAGAAAUCGUUUUCAUGCUCAGUUUGUGGCCAGAAAUUCUCUGAGAAGGGAAACUUAAUCAGGCACACAAGAAUCCACACUGGUGAGAAACCUUUUUCAUGCUCAGUUUGUGGCCAAUUAUUCUCUGACAAGGGAACCUUAAAAAGUCAUACAAGAGUCCACACUGGUGAGAAACCUUUUUCAUGCUCUGUUUGUGGCCAGAAAUUCUCUGAGAAGGGAAACUUAAAAAGUCAUACAAGAAUCCACACCGGCGAGAAACCUUUUUCAUGCUCAGUUUGUGGCCAAACAUUUGCUUACCAGCAAAACUUAAAAAAGCACGCAAUACUCCACACUGGUGAGAAACCGUUUUCAUGCUCGGUUUGUGGCCAAAAAUUUUACGUGAAACAAAGCUUAAAAAGCCACACAAGAACCCAUACUGGCGAGAAACCUUUUUCAUGCUCAGUUUGUGGCCAAACAUUUUCAGUGAAGAGAAGCUUAAAAAGUCAUACAAGAAUCCACACUGGUGAGAAACCUUUCUCGUGCUCAGUUUGUGGCCAAAAAUUCUCUGAGAGGGAACGAUUAAAAACACACACAAAAAAAAUCCACACCGGUGAGAAACCUUUUUCAUGCUCAGUUUGUGGCCAAAAAUUCUCUGACAAUGGAGCCUUAAAAAGUCAUACAAGAAGAAUCCACCCUGGCGAGAACCCUGUUGCCUGCUCAGUCAGUUGCCAAAGAGUCUCUGUUGAGAAUUCGGAGUGUCUUGGGGAGAUGAGCAGUGAUCCGUGAAGUUCUCACCUUCUAUUUGAGCAGACUUUGAGUUUAUGCAUCAAUGAUAAUUCUAUUCUAGUAUGUACCUUUUGAUUGAGAUGCUGAACAUCUUGUCUUUAUUACAGUGAGAAGUUCAUAUUUUAGCUUUAGUCAUGAAUUUUAAAAUAAAAUUAACCGGCCUCGGGACGAUAAUAGUUCUGUAUUUUCUAUUAUACUUGAUUUCAUUUUGGUUUUAGUUUAUGUAACUGCAAUUAGUUUUAUUCCUAUUCCCGGCAAGUUGCUUAGUUUUUAUUAUUGUCUGUUUAGGAUUUUGUUUUGCUCAGCUUUUCAUGUUCAUGUGGAUCAAUAAAAUGAAAAAAAAAUAGUGUUGGAUAUCCCCCAUUUUUCUUUUUUGUUACUUUUCCUUGCUAAUAACACUUUAAAAUGUACUUGAGAUGCAUAUUAAUACAUUUCAUUAAAGAGUUGUUUACUUCAUACUGAAAUUUCAACCUCA